CCGAGAAAUUUUGUUUAAAUUGACGGGUAACAGGUGGCGCGAUCGAUCUAGAAAAUUCUAGGCGAGUCUAGUCCAAUCUAAAAGAUGCAUACGCUAUUUAGCGAGCAGAAUGCGUAUUACAGGCAUGCAACGGCUGUUCCCGUUGGGAUGGGGACCCCGUCGUAUCCCGGGGUGGGCGCGGCGCCUGGAUAUUACGAACAAUAUCGUUACGGCGGGUACGCGACGGCGGCAGGUUACCCAGUCUCGGGUAUAACCCAGCAACAUAUCCAUCAUCCCGGUAAGGACAUGGUGAAACCCCCGUACUCGUACAUAGCUCUGAUCGCGAUGGCGAUACAAAACGCGCCCGACAAGAAGAUCACUCUGAACGGUAUCUACCAGUUUAUCAUGGAACGUUUUCCUUAUUACCGCGAGAACAAGCAGGGAUGGCAGAACUCGAUCAGGCACAACCUCAGUUUGAACGAGUGUUUCGUGAAGGUGCCGAGGGACGACAAGAAACCCGGGAAGGGAAGCUAUUGGUCGCUCGACCCGGACAGCUACAACAUGUUCGACAACGGUUCCUAUCUCAGGCGUCGUAGACGGUUCAAGAAGAAGGACGCGUUGAAGGAAAAGGAGGAGGCGUUGAAGAGGCAAGGCCUGGUCGUGGCCGAGAAGCAACGUAGCCAGGAGGAGACGAAGCCGAGCAACAUAGUGAUACCGCCGCCGUCGGACACGUCGGCCAAGAAGUUGGGCACCUUGGAGACGACGCUGUGCAAGCCGAAGAGAGAGCCCGUGAACGACACGGGGAGCCACUGUAUGGCCGUGCAGGCCAAGUACGGCCUCCACAGUCCUAUUCAAGACACGAAAACGGCAGUGACGACGACGACGGCCGUCGCUGUGCCCGGGCAAAGUGUCAUCCAGACGGCCCUCGGCCACCAAGUGCAUCAAGCUCAUCAGGUCCACCAGGAUGCCGGUAUCCAGGACGUGUCCUCGAUGGGCCUGGAUCCGACCAGUUUCAGCGUGGACGCUUUAAUGACGAGCCGGGAGAACAGCGCCGCUCUGAUGACCAGGGAGAACCAGCAUCACACGCAUCAUCCCCACGGACUUCAACAUCCUCACCCUCACUCGCACUCGAUCAUGACGAGCAGAGAGUCGAUGGGCGCUGGGGUGGUGUCGAGAGAUCACUUGCCGUCCGUUUGCACGGCCACGACCACGACGACGGCCGCUGUCGCGGCAAUGAUGGCGACCACCGGAUACGGCCACACGAGCUCCGUGUCCAGGAGCAACGGCUCGCCGCCCGGAACCAUGUACGCGCCUUACUGCACGCCCACACCUGGUUACAUAAUGGAUCACGCGGAAUACAAUUCGAGAAAUCACAACAAUACGGCGGGCCACUCGCAGUGGUAUCAGGAGGCGGCCAGCCCUGACGCCGCCGCCAUUUAUCAGGAUACCCAAUCGCCAAGCUGUCAACUUUACAGAUCCAGCCCACCAACGCCGCUCUCGUCGAGUGCAGCCCCGUCUCCACCCUUGUACCACCGUUACUAUCAAGACUGUAACACCGUCAACACCAGCGGCAAUCUACCCAUCACGUUGCACAAAUACUGAGAAUACCGAAAUUCAAGGCCUCAUCACCGGGGCCUUGAAGAACAUCACACCGAUCACUACGACCCGAGCUUGGUUUACGUGAAGCAAGAGUGGAUCCCCUGCACGGAAGACCUCGCCAAAGAAUGGAAUUAGAUAAGUCUGGAAAUCCAUGAUGGAACGGGGCGAAAGUAAACGAUAAUUCGAGAAAACUGGAUUCG